GGAAACUGUGGUUUUACUAUAGACUUUAUGGCGCCGCCAGUCCGCCAUUUUGGCUCAAAUCCUAAACGUCUCCAAGGGGGAUCCUGGGUAACGGCGAGGCGCCAAAAUGGAGAGAAACGACGCAGUUUCGCCACCCGCGUGUGGGAGGAGCUUGGUUUUCUGGAAGCUCCUUGGAGCCGAACGUCCGGGUGCGCGAGGCGACGGUUGGGGGGAAUAAAUCCCAAACCAACGGCUGGAAAGUGAUCCCGAACAGCGGGAAAGAGGCAGCAAGAGUAACUACGGACACUUGGACUGCGUCGUCGGCUAGACGUUAGGGGGACUCCAUGGAUCCCUGAACAACACGAAAGUGCACGCAGCGUCAGUUCGGGAUGUGAAGAUCAGCGCAGCCCACCUGGAGCCGAGCCGGAACCGUCUGGAGCCCGCCGGCUGCUGGAGCCUUCACCCCGUGCCCGCAGCAGCGGUACCGUGGCUCGGGCGGCUCGUCGGCUGCGACGCGUGUUUGACAGCCGACCGUUGGCUUUUGAGAAAGCGGGAGCCCGCGGGGAGAGGCGGGGUCGAACCGGAGGACUCUCCCGUGCUCUCGCUCUCGGCGACGCGGCGCUUCGGAGGCGGGCGGACCGCUGGGAUUUAGCUGGAAGCUGUCCUGGGAACUCUUCGCGGACGCUCCGCUGACGCUGCGGGCGCUGGUGUCGGGUUUCCCCGUCACUCGGUCAGUCGCUUGUGGCCUCCGCUCGCACCGUCUGCUGGGAAACGCAACCAGGACGCGCGUUUUGGGGCAUAAUUGUCCCCAGCCGGGGUCGGACUAUGGCGGACGACGACAUCCUCUUUGAAGACGUGUACGAGCUCUGCGAGGUCAUUGGCAAGGGACCCUUCAGCGUCGUCAGGCGAUGCAUCAACAGAGACACGGGGCAGCAGUUCGCUGUCAAGAUUGUGGACGUGGCCCAGUUCACCUCCAGCCCUGGACUCAGCACAGAGGAUCUGAAGAGGGAGGCCAGCAUCUGCCACAUGCUGAAACACCCCCACAUUGUGGAGCUGCUGGAGACGUAUAGCUCGGACGGGAUGCUCUACAUGGUUUUUGAGUUCAUGGACGGGGCAGACCUGUGUUUUGAGAUCGUGAAGAGGGCAGAUGCUGGCUUUGUCUACAGUGAAGCAGUGGCCAGUCACUACAUGAGGCAGAUCCUGGAGGCGCUGCGCUACUGCCACGACAACAACGUCAUCCACAGAGACGUCAAGCCUCACUGCGUCCUGCUGGCGUCCAAGGAGAACUCUGCUCCCGUGAAGCUCGGAGGGUUCGGCGUGGCCAUCCAGCUGGGCGAGUCGGGCCUGGUGGCAGGAGGACGGGUUGGAACGCCCCACUUCAUGGCGCCAGAGGUGGUGAAGAGGGAGCCGUACGGCAAACCGGUGGACGUGUGGGGCUGUGGCGUCAUCCUCUUCAUCCUCCUCUCAGGCUGCCUGCCUUUCUACGGCACCAAGGAGCGGCUGUUCGAGGCCAUCUGCAAGGGCAAGUACAAGAUGAACCCGCGCCAGUGGAGCCAGAUCUCUGAGAGCGCCAAGGACCUGGUGAGACGCAUGCUGAUGCUGGACCCCGCUGAGAGGAUCACGGUCUACGAGGCUCUGAACCACCCCUGGCUCAAGGAACGGGACCGUUACGCCUACAAGAUCCACCUGCCGGAGACCGUGGAGCAGCUGAGGAAGUUCAACGCCAGGAGGAAGCUGAAGGGCGCCGUGCUGGCUGCCGUGUCCAGCCACAAGUUUAACUCCUUCUACGGAGACCCCCCCGAGGAGCUGCACGACUUCUCCGAGGACCCCAGCUCCUCAGGACUGCUGGCGGCAGAACGAGCUGUGUCGCAGGUGUUGGACAGUUUGGAGGAGAUCCACGCUCUGACAGACUGCAGUGAGAAGGACCUAGAUUUCCUCCACAGUGUUUUCCAGGACCAGCAUCUCCACACGCUGCUCGAUCUCUACGAUAAGAUCAACACCAAGUCUUCGCCUCAGAUCAGAAACCCUCCCAGUGAUGCGGUGCAGAGAGCCAAAGAGAAUUCCUCCCAAGAAGAAGCAAGUGGCGCUUUGAAACAUCUGGAAUAUGUACUGGAAGAAAUCUCCUGCUACCCAGAAAACCACGAAGCUAAAGAACUCAGGCGGAUUCUGACCCAGCCGCAUUUCAUGGCGCUGCUGCAGACCCACGACGUGGUCGCCCACGAGGUUUACAGUGACGAGGCUCUGAGGGUCACGCCUCCACCCACCUCGCCCUACCUGAACGGAGACUCGCCUGAGAGCACCAACGGAGACGUGGACCUGGAGAACGUCACCAGAGUGCGUCUGGUCCAGUUCCAGAAGAACACGGACGAGCCCAUGGGCAUCACACUGAAGAUGAACGACUCCAGCCACUGCAUCGUAGCAAGGAUAAUGCACGGCGGGAUGAUCCACAGACAAGGAACGCUGCACGUGGGAGACGAGAUCAGGGAGAUCAACGGUAUCAGCGUGGCCAAUCAGACCGUGGAGCAGCUGCAGAGGAUGCUGAGAGAGAUGCGCGGCAGCAUCACCUUUAAAAUCGUGCCAAGUUACCGGUCGCAGGGUUCCUCGUGUGAGAAGGACUCCCCCAUCGCCUCCAGACAGUCUCCUGCCAACGGCCACUCCAGCGUUAACAGCUCCGUCUUGGACCUGCCGUCCACCAUCCAGCCCAAAGGUCGACAGAUUGUAUCCAGGAAUCCAGCAAUCAAGGACCAAAUGGCUGUUAAGAUAUACGUACGGGCCCAGUUUGAAUACGACCCCUGCAAAGAUGAACUCAUCCCUUGCAAAGAAGCCGGCGUUCGCUUCCGCGUGGGCGACAUCAUCCAGAUCAUCUCAAAGGACGACCACAACUGGUGGCAGGGCAAGUUGGAGAACACGAAGAACGGCACCGCGGGGCUCAUCCCGUCGCCAGAGCUGCAGGAGUGGCGGGUGGCGUGUAUGGCCAUGGAGAAGACCAAGCAGGAGCAGCAGGCCAGCUGCACCUGGUUCGGCAAGAAGAAGAAGCAGUACAAGGACAAGUACUUGGCAAAGCACAACGCAGUGUUCGACCAACUAGACCUCGUCACAUAUGAAGAGGUUGUGAAGCUUCCUGCGUUCAAGAGGAAAACGCUGGUGUUGUUAGGAGCCCACGGCGUCGGCAGGAGGCACAUUAAGAACACGCUCAUCACCAAACACCCCGACAGAUUCGCGUAUCCCAUCCCACACACGACCCGGCUCCCCAAGAAGGACGAGGAGAACGGCAAGAACUACUACUUCGUUUCCCACGACCAGAUGAUGCAGGACAUCAGCAACAACGAGUACCUGGAGUACGGCAGCCACGAGGACGCCAUGUACGGGACGCGGCUGGAGACCAUCCGCAAGAUCCACCAGCAGGGACUCGUAGCCAUUCUGGACGUGGAACCUCAGGCCCUGAAGAUCCUACGGACGGCAGAGUUCGCCCCCUACGUGGUCUUUAUCGCUGCCCCGACCGUCACGCCAGGCAUCAGCGAGGACGAGUCUCUGCAGCGGCUGCAGAAGGAGUCUGAGAUCCUGCAGAAAACCUACGCCCACUACUUUGACCAAACCAUCAUCAACAACGAGAUCGACGAGACCAUCAGGCACCUGGAGGAGGCCAUGGACCUGGUGUGCACCACCAGCCAGUGGGUUCCUGUGUCCUGGGUCUACUGAGCUUCUCUCCUCUCAUCCGUGCUCUCUCCCAGAAGCCUCAGCCAAACUCCCAUCAUUCCCCUCUGCAAAACAAAGGCAAGUCAAGCCGAGCCGACGGAGGACUCCACGCGGUCCUGGAUCCUCAGCGUCCCGUGAGGCGACCACGGCCUCACUGGAAGCCAGUGGCCCCUACAACCUCCUCAUAGUGUUGUAAACUAAAGUGAAUAUCGUCAUGUCUGUAAUAGCUAGGAGGCAACAUUUAGUAGAUGUUUGUUUUAAAGAGACAGUACUUUGCCUCUUCCACCUUCACCUGGUUGACAUGUUGUAAAGCAUCUGUAGAACGUCGCCGUCGCUGGGUUUGUGAAGUAAAAGCACACGAAUGCAGGGCGACGUCUUCAGGGUGGAUCACGGCUCCCAUCAGGCACUGGUUCCUUCUGUUCUAGGCUGUAACGCUCCGACUGGCCCCUGCUCCUCACGUGUAUAUGCGCCUUCCUUCCUGCCAGGUACUGUCUCUUCUAAAUGACUCCGUAAAUGUUUAGAGAUCUGAAUGAGGUUUUCAUGCAUGUGGACAUUUGCAAGCUUCCAUGCUGUCAGUCAGUGUUCCCUGUGUAAACCUCCAACAAGAAGACAAAAUCUAUAUUAAGAAACAUUCCAGCUGUUUGAAGACUGAACUCAGCCAAGAGAAGCAAGACGGGGCCAGAAGCCUCCAACAGAACGGAGCCGGACGUUGACUUGACACCUAUGCACAUCCCUUGCAUUUCGGGUGACAUUUCUAAACCACAGGUUUAUAAAAAGAAAACCAACCGUGUAGUGACAUGUGUUUGUAAAUACGAAAUCAAAUAAAAGUCUUGAUUUUUCUCUU